CUUCAGUCCAUUCUUUAUGACAGCAGACUGUGGAGCCCCAGUUAGAGACAGAUAUGAUACCUGCAGUGGUACUGAUGACCCUGUUGUGGAGCACAGAUCUCCAGGCUCAAAGCGUCAGUCCACCAGAUCUCCAGGCUCAAAGCGUCAGUCCACCAGCUGAACUCUCAGUCAGACUGGUGGAUGGGACCACUUCCUGUUCUGGGACAGUGGAAGUCUUCUAUGAAGGAGAGUGGUUGGGUCUAUGUUCUGGGUGCUGGAGCAUGAUGAGAGAGGUUAAAAUUUUGUGUAGAGAGCUGAACUGUGGAGAUGUUGUAGCUGAAUCUAUAGGACCUCAGUUUGAAACGGGAAGAGGAAUAGUCACAAUAUAUAGUAUGUGUAGUGGACAUGAGUCUACUGUUGGACAGUGUGUCAUCACAGGAGGACCUGGUGUCUGUGAUGGUGGAUAUUAUCAUCAUGUGACCUGUUCAGAGUCUGUGCGGCUUGUGGAUGGAGCUGGUCUCUGCUCUGGGAGAGUGGAGGUGAAGUCCAAUCAGUCCUGGGCCUCAGUGUGUGAAGCUGACUUUGACCGGCAGGAUGCAGAGGUCGUCUGUAGGGAUGUUGGCUGUGGGGCUCCUGCAGCUCUACAGGGGGGGCUCUAUGGAGAAGGUGAGGGUCAGACCUGGGAUAAAGAGUUCCAGUGUAAAGGCAAUGAGUCCCUUCUCCUGGACUGUGACACCUCAGACAGAGAGAACAACACCUGCCUACCUGGUAAUGCUGUUGGACUCACCUGCUCAGAGCCUGAUGAUGUGAGGCUGGUGGGAGGAGGCAGUCGCUGUGCUGGUGGAGUGGAGUGGUACGACCAGGGAGAGUGGAGGACUGUGGGAACUGAGGACGAGGACCAGGAGGGUGUAGCUACAGUAGUGUGUAGACAGCUGGGUUGUGGCUCCACUGUUUCAGUACUACCUGGAAACACCACUAGAGGGUUUGGAGUUACAUGUUCUGGGUCUGAGUCUUCACUGAGGGAGUGUUUUAGAAGUCAUCGUCUCUUUCCUGGACUCACAGUGAUCUGCUCAGAUCUCCUGGUCCAGCCUGAUAUCUCCCUGACUGACCCAAUGGGAGGGGUCUUCAGGGGCCACCAGGGGCCCGAGAUGUUCAGGGGCUACAACUUCACCAUCACCUGCUCCACUCAGCCACAGUACCCAGGAGGCUCCUUCCUCCUCACGUUCACCGGCUCCAACAGAACCCAGACCCAGCCAGCUGUCAAUCACUCUGCUGCCUUCCUCUUCCCUGCUGCAGAUGACUCCCACCAAGGGAACUACAGCUGUGUUUAUGACAAUUAUGUUUUCUCUCAUAACUUCUCCUCUGAGAGUGAGCUCCUCUCCCUCACCAUCACAGCCUCUCCUCUGCCAGCCUUCAUCAUCAGACACGUUGUAGUGCUGCUGAUCCUACUGACAACAAUCACCACCUCCUACCUGUACUACAAGCCCACCAGGAGGCAGAAGAGAGUGAACAGGGUGAGCAGCAUGGAUCUUUAUGUCAAUGCCAUGGAGAUGGUCUCUCUGAGCUCCAGAGCUGAAGCUGGACCGGGAGAGGAGAGAGCAGCCCAGGGGACGGAGUAGGAGUAGAAUGAAUCUGACCCUACAUACUGAUCUUAGGUCAGUUGUGUGUUUUAAAUCGAUGGUCAGCAGUGGACUGGUGUUUAAAAUGUGGUGACAAACCUGAAGUGGUUCUAAUUUUAAUAACAAGUUCAGAAUGAGUUUAUCUUUCUAGAACCUUGGAAGAAAUCUAAAAGGAGUGACUGCAACCACCAUUAUUCAUUUAGUUAGAAACAUGGGGUUCUGGGUA